AUGGCAGCCGCCAUCAGCCCCGACAAACACGACUUCAAGCUCCCAAUGCUCCCGCCAGCCCUCCACACGCGCUCGACAAACGAUGCAUACGACCGACCUUCUACCCCAUCCCAGCAAGCCUUCACCUCCCCGCAGCGAACACCGCAGGGAAGUCCGAGCAAGAACCAGCUUCCUCCAGGAGCCUACGACCUGCCCAACGUCUUCGACAAUGCCAUGAAGCUUGUGCCAACCGUUGGUUCUCCCUCCAAGGCCGGACGACAGCAGCAGCCACCGACUUCGCCGGGCAAAGGGGUCUUUGCAAUUGCCGAAAACCGGAAUGACAGCGCCAACGACGUGAGUGCGCCUGUACCGGGCAGUCCGACACGGAAGUCGAACAAGGAGAACACCCCACCGGGCAGCCGGCCACAAUUGACCAAGGAGUCGAGCUACCUCAACCAUGCAGCCGCAUCACGCCAGGAACCGUACAGGGCGCGCGCUGAGCCGGUAGAGCCAGCACGUACAAGUUACACCGUCCAACGGGGUCUUUCUCCAGAAGAACUAGAGAAAUUGCAGAAGCCGUCAGUGAAGCGGUUGGCGAACGUCUCACAGCUAUACUUCCUCGAUUACUACUACGACCUUCUCAGCUACGUCCACACGCGCCAGAACCGGCUGUCUCAGUUCAAAGCGCAGUAUCCGCCUCCGCCAGAUACCGAAGAAGCAGAGUAUCAAGCCGCGCUCAGCAAGUAUCUCGGACGAGAACGGGCAAAUCUACGGAAGCGAAGGACGAGACUGAGGCAUGGCGACUUCCAAAUUCUCACGCAAGUUGGGCAAGGAGGCUAUGGGCAGGUCUACCUCGCGCAGAAGAAAGACACCCGCGAGGUAUGCGCGCUCAAGGUGAUGAGCAAGAAGCUGCUCUUCAAGCUGGACGAGAUCCGCCAUGUGCUCACCGAGCGCGACAUCCUCACAAACGCAAAGAGCGAGUGGCUGGUCCGGCUGCUGUACGCAUUCCAGGACGACAAGAGCAUCUACCUUGCCAUGGAAUACGUCCCCGGCGGCGACUUCCGCACCCUCCUCAACAACACCGGCGUCCUCCACAACCGGCACGCACGCUUCUACAUCACCGAGAUGUUCCUCUGCGUCGACGCGCUGCACAGUCUCGGCUACAUCCACCGGGACCUGAAGCCCGAAAACUUCCUCAUCGACGGCACGGGCCACGUAAAACUGACCGACUUCGGGCUCGCAGCGGGGUUCCUCGCGCCCGCCAAGAUCGAGAGCAUGCGCAUCAAGCUGGAAGAAGUCGGCGACGUGGUCGGGGCCUUUGGGAACAACCGACCGAUGGAAGAGCGGACCGCGCGGGAGCGAAGAGAGGGCUACCGCUCCCUGCGCGCCAACGACGCGACGUACGCGAAAUCCAUCGUCGGGAGCCCGGACUACAUGGCCCCCGAGGUGCUCAAGGGUGACGCCUACGACUUCACCGUCGACUACUGGUCGCUCGGCUGCAUGUUGUUCGAAGCGCUGUCCGGGUAUCCGCCCUUCGCGGGCGCGACGGUCGAGGAGACGUGGCAGAACCUCCGUCGCUGGAAGAAAGUGCUCCGGAAGCCCGUCUACGAGGACCCGACAUACUUCCUCUCACGGCGGACGUGGGAUCUCAUCACUAGGUUGAUCUGCAUGCCCCCAGCGCGGUUCGCGGGGAUCGAGGAGAUCAAGCGGCAUGACUAUUUCGCGGAGGUGGAGUGGAGCAGGCUAAGGGAGCAGAGGGCGCCGUUUGUGCCGGAGCUGGAAGGGGAGACGGAUGCCGGGUAUUUUGAUGAUUUUGGGAACGAGGCUGAUAUGGCCAAGUAUAAGGAGGUGCAUGACAAACAGGCGGCGUUGGAGAGGAUGGAGGAUAGGGAUGAUCAGAUGGGGAAGGGGCUGUUUGUUGGAUUUACAUUCAGGCAUCGUAAACCCGCAACGGACGAGAACGGCAAGCCGGCAAGCCCGAGGAAGGCGUUACCGACGAUGAACGAGGAGGCUUUUGGCACCAUCUUCUGA